AUGGAAGAAAGAAUCGAAGAUUUAACCAACAGAGCAAAUAUUCUUUCGAAUGCUAACAAAACUAUGGAGGAACAAAUGAAGAAUCUUAAAGAAGAAGAAAAUCUUUUGAAAGAUAAAAUGACAAGUUUGGACUCAGCAAUAAAGCAGAUGGAAGUGGAUAUGGCUGCACAGCAAAUCGACUUGGAGAGGAAGAAAAAAGCCGAAAUUAAAGAUUUACAAGCCGAAUUCAAAAAAUUAUUUCAACGACGAAAAGCCCAAGAAUCAAUACGGAAACAAGUGACAAAUUCAAUCGAAAAUAACGAAACAGCACUUAAGCAGUAUAAAAACAAAUAUAUUAGGCUAACGGAAUUAGAAAAGUCACCGAAUGCUGGAAACAAAAAGGAAAUGGUAAAUUUGGAUGAAAAAUUGCGAACCUGGAAGGAAAAAGUAAGCGAAUCUAAAGCUGAACUUCAAUCUCUGCAAGCAAUUCUCAAUACGGCCUAUACAAAAAAUUUUAUAUUCAAAAAUGAUUUAAAAACGCUAAAAUCUCAUGAUAUCGAAACGGCGGAAUUGACGCGAAUGAAAGAAAAAGAAAAAGAACUGGAAAAAAAUUUGAAUAAAAUCAAAAAAAAACUCACAUCACUUGAAUUUCAAAAAAAAGGGGAUAUUAUUUUUGAUGAUAAAGAGUAG